AUGGCUUCAUUCUUACCCCGUGCAGCUUCUCGAGCUCUCCGCUCCACCGCACGCCCUGUGUUGAACUCCCAGCGCCCUGCUGCCCCGCUCCUUCGUCGAGGUCUGGCGGUCCCUGCAGAGCAGCCGCGAUUGAGGUUAGGCUCUGUUGCGCCCAACUUCCAGGCGAAGACUACGCAUGGAGACGUGGAUUUCCACAAGUUCCUAAAUAACAAGUGGACUGUGCUGUUUUCUCACCCAGCAGACUUCACUCCAGUUUGUACGACUGAGCUCGGCGCCUUUGCAAAGCUGAAGAAUGAAUUUGAUUCGCGCGGCGUGCAGAUGAUCGGCCUUAGCGCCAACGACCUCUCUUCGCACGACCAGUGGAUCUCUGACAUCAACGAAACUCAAAACACCACGGUGCAAUUCCCCAUCAUCGCCGAUGCUGACCGCAAAGUCGCCUUCCUCUACGACAUGAUCUCGCAAGACGACCUCGAUGCCCUUUCCAAAACCGGCGGCAUCGCAUUCACGAUCCGCUCCGUCUUCAUUAUCGACCCUGCCAAGAAGAUCCGCCUGACGAUGCUGUACCCCGCGAGUACUGGCAGAAAUACAAGUGAGGUUUUGCGCGUGAUUGAUAGUCUGCAGACCGGGGAUAAGAAGGGAAUUGCUACACCGAUAAAUUGGAAUGCUGGGGAGGAUGUGAUUGUGCCGCCCAGCGUCAGCACCGAGGAAGCGAGGAAGAAGUUUGGUGAUGUUAGGGAAGUUAAGCCAUACCUACGAUACACGAAUGUUGGAAAAUAG